UCUUUCCAGAGGCUCGAGUUUGGUCUGUCUUCUGAUGUUACAGACUGCUGGGGAAAAGGAUUGCAUUCAUCUCCUAGUUCACCUGGCUGCUCUGAUGCGGCAUGAUGCUCUUUUCUGUCUGGAAGUAGAUGAUGGUGAACUCUUGGUCUGUUACCAAUGAGGUAGAGGAGGAGCUGGACAGCUCCUCCAAUGAGGAGGCUCUGCUUUCACUCCUUGAAGACAUCACUAACAUCUGGAAACAAAUCUACCCGGCCUCUAUUUACAAAGACAGCGAAAUAAGAUCCCAAGACUGGGAGAUCUAGCAGAUCUCCUCUCCUCCUAGGAUGUUUUCCUAUAGAAAAGAAAGUGUCAAAGAGAGAGACAACCUUUCUCCUUCCCAGCAGAUCAUUGGGACUACCUGAUCCCUGGCUCACACUAAUAACUGGGGUUUUCUGGCUACUGUAUCUAUUCAGGAAAAGGUAAGCAGUCCCUUCAACAAUAGCACUGUUCCCUUCUUCUAUGUGACUUCAAAGGACAAGAUUGCUGCUGAGGUGAUGAAAAAUCCAAUUACUUCCUUGAUUCUUCUAGAAGCAGCAGGAGAUUUCUGCAGGGAAAAAAGUAUCAUAAAUUUGCAAUAUCUUUGAUGUGCUACAUUAACUCUUACAGGCCAGAUGGUUUUUGACUUGGAAUUUGCUAAGCAAGCUGUGUUCUCAAGGCAUCCAGUGAUGAGAAAGUGACCUCAUCACUAUGAGGGAUUUUUCAUGAAAAUGAAUGUCGAAAAUGUGUGACUUCAGAACUGGCAUGGAGGAAUCUCCAACAUUGUAACAGAAGAAUAUUUCAAAGUAGUUCCAAGUAAAAGCUUGAGAAAACCUUCAAAUGGACCUCUCUGGCUCACAUCUUUACUUUUUAAAAGGCAGUUAUUUAAAAUUAUGCCAGACAGGUAACAAUUGGGCAGGCUGUCUUCAGAAAAAUUCCCAAGAGAUGAUGACCAUGAACCAUUGGGUUUAAAAAGAAGUAAAGAUGGCCAUUUCCAAAUUGUGUAUUCUCACUGAUAUAGAUGGCUUUUGUUUAAAAUUACUUUAGGUGAUUUAGGUCCUUUAAGCUACUUUAGGUUUGUUCAUUUGGAACGCCUUGAUAUGUAUCAAAAAGAUGAUAGACAUAGUAUGUAUUGAAACAGCUGGUUUCCAUUCUGUAGGAAAACCAAUUACAUAUGUGAGAUCAAUGUGACUGCAUUAUAUUAUGAAAGUGCUUUUGUUUCUUGCCUUGCCUUACUAAAGACAUUGUCCAAGUGUCCCAAGUUUGAUACAACUAUAAGGAGUUUAAAUUGAUGUCAUAUAGCCAUGUGUGUUUUCUAAUGGUGUGGAGAAAAACCUUUGAAGAACAGUAAAGCAUUUAGUCAUGAAUUGUAAAUUAUGCUCCUGGAUUACAUCACUUGGUUAUGAUUCACAGACCAAUUAUAUACUUUCCCCCCAGCCCCAUAACAUGACCAACAUCUUGAGAACUUGCAGUUUUGUGCUUAGCCUUAAGCUAAUUAUGACAAUACAAUAAACAGGAUGACUUGUUAUAAUGAAUAAUUUGGGCAAAGAAUACCAUGCUUAUUUCAUUUGUCUCUGCUAAAUCUCUAACUUAAAAUCCAGAAGCAGUUUAGUGUAAGGGGGAACAAAAAUAGGAAUGGAAGGAAGCUUUUCCAACCUACAGUUCAUAUCCCUAGUAACAGAGAAAAGAAGCUCAGAACUGGAAGGGAUUCAGAAAACCUAAGCCUGGCUCUUACCUGUGUAAAAAUCUCUUUUAUAAUGGGUCCUAACAAGUGGUCAUGCGGUCUUCUUUUGAAGAGCUUAGAUGUCGGAGAUUUCACUACCUCCUAAGGCUGUUUAUUGCACUGUGUGCAUCAGCUUCAAUUGUUAAGUUUUUCCUUUAUAUAGGACAAAUUCUCCCUCUAUGAAACUUUCACUCAUUGUUCCUAGUUCUAUUCAUUACAGCCAAGCAAUACAUUUCUAAUUCUAAUUUUUCUAUCACAUGAAGAUUCUUUAGUUAUUUGAAGA